GCAAGAAAGAAGUCGGACUUAGAGUGUAUAUAGGCAACUACGUUGUUGAAACACGCAUCGUUGACUUUUCAGAACUGGGAUAACUAUGGCAGCAGUGGACGUUGUUUCCGGUCAGAACAUUGUGGCCAGGGUGACUAACCUUCCCUUGGUGAGCUCAACCUAUGACAUGGUGUCUCACGUGUACUGCAACACCAAGGACAGUCACCCCUACAUCAAGUCGGUGUGUGAGGUGGCAGAGAUGGGUGUGAAGACCAUCUCCUCCGUGGCACUGACCAGUGCGAUGCCCAUCAUUGACAAGCUAGAGCCGCAAAUUGCCAUUGCAAAUGACCUUGCAUGCAAAGGUCUGGAUAAGAUCGAGAAGACCCUGCCAAUACUGCACCAGCCUUCAGAGCAGAUCGUUGCCAGCGCAAAGGAUGCUGUAACCGGAGCCAAAGAGGCUGUGACCACCACAGUCAAUGGAGCCAGGGAUACGGUGUCCUACACUCUCAUCGGGGUGGUGGACAAGACCAAAGGGGCAGUGCAAGACAGCGUGGAGAUGACCAGGUCUGUGGUCAAUGGCAGUGUCAACACAGUGAUGGGCAGCCGCAUGGUGCAGCUGGUGAGCACUGGCAUGGACACCGCGUUGAGCACAUCUGAGACGCUGGUGGACCAGUACCUGCCACUGACCAAGGAGGAGCUUGAGGUGGAGGCUAAAGCAGUGAAGGGCUUUGACACGGCUGCUGACAAACCAAGCUAUUAUGUGCGCCUGGGGUCUCUCUCCUCCAAACUGCGCAAGAGGGCCUACCAGCAGGCUGUUGCCAAGGUUCGAGACACCAAGCAGAUCAGCCAGGACUCUAUCUCUAAGCUUAACAACACCGUGGAUCUGAUUGAAUUCGCAAGAAGAAACAUGGAUGAUGCCCAUCAGAAAAUCCAUGAAAAACUGAACUCUUGGGUUGAGUGGACGAAGAAUGGCCACAGUGAUGGCGACACCCACGAGGCAGAGCACAUCGAGUCACGCACCCUGGCCAUUGCCCGCAGCCUUACCCACCAGCUGCAGACCACCUGCCUGACCUUGGUCUCCAGCCUCCAGGGCCUCCCACAGAACAUCCAGGAUCAGGCCCUGUCUGUGACCCACUCUGCCUCCGAGGUCUACGGCAACUUCAGCAAGGCCUCUGCCUUCAGAGACCUCUCGGACACCGUACUGACCAGCAGCAAGGCACAGCUGGGGAAAAUGAAAGACUCCCUGGAUGUGGUCAUGGACUACUUGGUCAACAACACACCGCUCAACUGGCUGGUAGGUCCAUUUUACCCCCAGCUAAACAGUCCCCAGGCCAAGAAGCAGGAGAAGAUUUCACCCCCAGAAGUGGAAAUGGAGCCAGUGAACUCUAACCAAUAACCCUCCCAGCUCACAGAACUAAGCCUGCGUGCCUUUUUAAUAGUUGAUAAAUCGUACUUUUGUAAUCUGUGCGUUACAUUAUAUUACAUUCCUUUUACUCUUUAAAACUAAACGUUGGUUCAUAAUCUGUACUUAUUUGCAUCAAAUGUUCAGAUGUCAUGCAUUUCUGCUUUGAAAUUAACUGAGGAUUUUUUGUAACUCUUGGGUUGUACUGUUUAUUUGUGGCCACAUCAUCACUACCUUGCCAUUUUUAACUUGCUAAUCAA